AUGGCGUCAAGAAAGCUGGCACACUAUUUUCAUGCCCAUAUGAUAGUUAUGCUAACCGAGUUUCCACUAAAGGUGCUCUUUGAAAAGGUAGACUUCACCGGGAGAAUUUUGAAAUGGGUCGUGGAAUUGGGGCAGUACGAUAUCAAGUUCCGCCCGCGCACCACAAUCAAGGCCCAAGCUCUUGCAGACUUCGUGGCGGAAUUUGCCCUUGGAACGCAUCCAGUUUGCCCGGUUGAUUUGGCUAGUGCAGAUUUAGCACAGCCCAUGGAUCAGGCGAUGGAGACAAGUGUUGGCUCGCAAGUGAAAGAAGGGCAAAAGGAGACUGAACUGGCGAAGUCGGGUCACUCAUUAGAAGACGGACUCAAUGAAGACAAGGAAAGAGACCAGAAUGAGUCGAUCAGAGACUUGGAACUGAGGAGCUCCCAAAACCCUUCUGAUUGCUGGAAGCUGUUCAUUGGCGAGAUGUGGAAGCUCUUCGUCGAUGGGGCAUCCAAUAGGCACGGGGCCGGGCUGGGUAUCGUACUGACUUCUCUGGACGGGCUGAUUAUCGAGCAGGAAAUUACGCUCGGCUUCCCUGCAUCCAACAACGAGGCAGAGUAUGAAGCCCUCUUUGCCGAGCUAAGAAGCGCAUUGAGAAUGAAAGCAUCAGCCCUUAUGGUAUUCAGCGAUUCUAAGCUGGUGGUCAAUCAGGUUUCAGGAGAGUAUGAGGCAAGGGAUGAGAGAAUGGCCAAGUAUCAGGCCCUGGUGUGCGCAGAGAUCAAGAAGUUCAACGCCAUAAGAGUGGAACAGAUCAACCGUGAAGAAAACAACAUGGCUGAUGAAUUGGCCGGACUCGCUUCUACUCAGACAGUUUUUCCUAACCCCUUGAUGAUAGAAUUCUUACCUCGGCCAAGUAUUGAGGAACCAGAAGCGACCGAGGUACUCUACACCGACUUGGGUCCUUCCUAG